GUUUAACGUCAAGUGGAGAUGGAUACAUAUGUGCAUGGUCGAAAUCUCGGUAACUUUUGAAUUGAAGUAAUAGGUCCUGGAUAGAAAGAUUGGAGAUGUAAGAAGAUUAUAGUACUGUCACACUAAACAAACAACAUGGCAGCUCAUAUAAAUUGUCACGAGUCUCAACCCCAACCCCACACCUACCCUCCCUCCUUACCACCCCCCUCAGAACAUGGACCCAUCUCAGGCUAUGACUAUUACCAUCAUGCUAUGAUGAACAUAGGGAGACUCUAUUCUCAUCCACAAGGGGUGUCAGGUUAUGAGUUUACCCCUGAGCUAAGCACAGAUAUGCCACUGAAUAAGCACAGAAGAUCAGGAACUGCAGCAAGACAGAAACUAGACUAUGGAGACCCUAGACCCAAAGGAGGGGGUUACCUUUAUGGAAGAGGGGGUCAUGAGGAUGAGGAUGUCACUCCUAAAAGUUACAGACCAUCCCCUACACAGACAGGAAUGGCCUUUCCUAGCAAAGUACUUCCAGAUCCAGAUCUUCUGAUUACACCUGAGAAACUACCAGGACUUCCAGGAGCGACAGGACUAGUGCCAGAUCACACCACCAGAGGGCAGCACAGGGUGAGGUUUGAUGAUGUCAUUCAAAUGAAGUCCCCUCCUGACAGCUUUCAUAGUCAGAGUACAGACUCAGCCACCACACAGGACAGUCCUGGGACAGAGACCCCUGGUGUCCAGAAUGCCAAAGAUUGUAUAGAUGUAGAGGGCGUUUCUGUAACAGGACACUCCAAAAACAAGCCUGAUGUUAUAAAUACCACAAAAAAUGACACUGGCUCCCAUUAUAAUAAUGGAAAUGUUAAAAAUGGACUCCACUCACAAAUUAAAGUGACAAGGCAUUCCAAGGACAAGUCCAGCAUAGAAAGUCAAAUAGAUGCCUUAAAAGACUUAUUGAUAGAGACACGAGAGAAGGAAAUGGGUUGUGGAAGUAAAGUAUACAGAUAUAGGACUAAAGAGGAUGAUUUGUCGCAGGCUACUCAACCUGCAACCAAGAUAAAUGGCUACCAGAUAAGUGAAAACACAAGUAAAGGUGAUGCUUUUCCUUCCACGCAGGGGAAAUCCAAAAGCGAAACAACAGUUAAGCCAGGAAAUAAAAAAGACAAUAAAAAUUUUGUUGGGAAAAUUUCUUUAGGUGUCAAAACUAAAGGUAGCACUGCAAUUGAAGAGAACACUGAUUCAAGAAAAGCCAUCAGACAAAAUGUGAAGAGGGCCCAGUCUGCCCCUCCCUCACAGAGCCACAGAACAGCCCCAGGUGUUACAUCUGCCAUUAGGAGCCAGACACUUCAGAAGAGAGGCUAUCAUUACCCAGCCAGUAAAGUAGAGGGUCAGCUCCAACAGAAGUCCGGGUCAGAAGAGAACAUUUAUGCCAGGCCAGAAUUCCACAGCACAUUGAAGGUGGCCUCAGAGCUGAAGACAGUGAAAGCAUCAACAAUUGAUGUGGCAGCCGCAGUGGAAAACAGACUACAGACAUCCCAGAGAGUGAAAACUAAAGUUACAGAAAAGGCUGUUGGUCAGGUCAACAAGCAGAAGGACAGUGUCCAGUUCACCAAACUGAUGGGACUGGACGUCCCAGUUGAUGAACUGGCCGCGGUCGUGGAGGUAGAGAGGUCAGCCAAGGUCAAGCCGGUGGUCAAACCAAAAGCAAGGGCCAAGUUUCGAGAGCCAGACAUCAUGGACUUCUUCACUCCGGACCUGCAACGAGAGAGCGUCAGUUUUUCCACCAGGUCCGUGCCGCUGUCCAAACCCAAACUGAGGACAGCGGACCCUGGACACGCCUUCGACUUGUUCUUACAUAUCAGCUCUUGGGAAGACUGAUGUCCAACACGGACCAUAUAGAACUGUCUCAGGAAGAGACUUAAGUCAGUUUCUGGGAUAAUACUCAAGCCAACUUAGAAUUAACUGACUAAUUCAGUUUCUAGGCUAAAAUUGUAGCCAAUUUGGAAUUAGCUGUUUAAGUUUUGUCACACAAAUGAUCUAAAAAGGAUGUCCCGUGGAAUUUGUUUCCUUUUUCUUUAUGAAACAAGCACCAGGAGUAUAAACACGUUUUGUGAUGAAUAUGGUAUUAAAGGGGAUGCCAAAUGCUGAAUUAGUGAAUUAAUGCCAUGUAAACAGAAAGCUCCUUACUUGGGUUCAGAAUUUAUUAGUGAGUGCAUGUAGAUUACAGAAUCUGACUUGAUUCAUGUGAAGGUUGGGUUUCCAUGCUUUUGAAUUUUGCAAGUAUUUGGUGGCUUGUAUUUAUCAUUGUAAAUAAUAUAUGUAAAUUUUGUACAAUGAUGCUAAAUAUUACUCUAGUAUGUAAAUUUGCUAAUGUAUACAGAAAAGGGCGAUUGACGAGG